CAUGACGCGGCCAUCACCGCACUCGUCGUCUCUCCAGAUGGGCAGUGGGUAGCGACGGCAUCCUGCGACUCCACUAUCAUCAUCUGGGAUGCCCGAGAUGCAUGUGUCUCGCAAGAGUGGAUCGCGCAUGUCGGACACGUCCAGGAUCUCGCAUUCUCUCCAGACAGCCGAUACAUCGCGUCCGCAGGUCAAGAUCGAACGGUCGCGGUCUGGGACAUCAGUGGCAGCGCACACCAAGUCGCCUCUCUCUCGGGUCACGAAUUUUUUCUUCGAGCCGCAUUUAGCCCGGAGAGUACACACAUCGCUGUUGGAUAUGACGAUGGGAUGCACCACGUUUGGAACGUCGCGACUGGACAGGAGCCUCUGUUUUGGCAGGCGCACGAAAAUGUGCGAGCCUUCAAUGUGGAGUUCUCCCCUGACGGCCGGCUGCUGCUCUCAGCGGGCGACAAAGCAGUGAAGACAUGGGAUGCGGAUACGAGUGCGACGGUCCAGUCGUUUGAAGGGCACGAGUCGCUGGUUACUGAGGCGUGCUUCUCCCCGUGUGGGAAGUACAUCGCCUCUGCAUCCAGUGACGAGACGGUGAGGGUAUGGAGAACCAGUGAUGGAGCAUGCUUGGCGACGCUCUCCGACCAUGGUCACUGGGUCUCGCAUGUUUCUUUUACUCCGGACGGGACGAUGUUGUGGUCCGCAGCAAGGAAUGGAACCGUCUUGGGCCGUCGGCUGCAGGAUGUCAUCCCAGAUGAGUUCGUAGAAGAUGUACGGUAA